AUGACUGCAUAUAUUCUGCCGUACAAGCCUUUCAAUGGCUCGAUCUCGGCAGAGGCCGAGAAACUCGUCGCCAUUACGCCUUACGGAUUUGAAGAUACAUUCUGUUACAUUGAAGGUUUCACUAUCUUUUGGUCAAACAAAUACUUGGAGUGCAAGUUCAGUGAGGAGAGGCAUGAAGAAGAAGUAGAAGUAAAGAUUAAUACUCAAGUCAUUCCCACAAGAGAUAGUUUCAAGUAUCUUGGGUCUAUAAUCCAAGGAAACGGAGAAAUUGACGAGGAUAUUACUCACCGCAUUGGAGCGGGUUGGAUGAGAUGGAGGCUAGCUUCAGGUGUUUUAUGUGAUAAGAAUGUACCGCCUAGACUUAAGGGCAAAUUCUACAGGGUGGUGGUUAGACCAGCUAUGUUGUAUGGAGCUGAGUGUUGGCCUGUCAAGAAGUCCCAUGUCCAAAAGAUGAGCGUAGCAUAA